GAUUCGAACCGCCGACCUUCUGAUCAGCAAGCCCUAGGCUCAGUGGUUUAACCCACAGAGCCACCUGGGUCCCAAUGUUAAAGGUUUUAACCCUGAGUAAAAGCUGCCUCCUACUUGGUCAUCUGACCUGAGAGCAGGUGUGUAGGACUCUCCAGGAUUUUAGCCUGAGGACAUUCCCAGCUCUACCUGGAGAUGCCAGGAAUUGAACCUGGGACACCAGAGGAGCCUUGCUGGAUCAGGUGAGUGGCCCGCCUGUUCCAGCAUCUUGUUCUCACAGGGGCCGAGCAGGAUCCGAACCCAAGAGCCAUUGCUGCCUCUGACUCAGAGCUCAGCUGUCAUGGCCAGUAGCUUUAUCUUCCUCCAUCCAUUUGUCCAGUCCUUUUUAAAAGAGCCAGUGUGGUGUAGUGGUUAAGAGUGGUAGACUUGUAAUCUGGGAAGCCGGGUUCGGUCUCCGCUCCUCCACAUGCAGCUGCUGGGUGACCUUGGGCUAGUCACACUUCUCUGAAGUCUCUCAGCCCCACUCACCUCACAGAGUGUCAGUUGUGGGGGAGGAGGGGAAAGGAGAUUGUUAGCCGCUUUGAGACUCCUUCGGGUAGUGAUAAAGCAGGAUAUCAAAUCAAAACUCUUCUAAAAGCCACCUGGCUCGGCGGUCCGUUCCUGCGCCCUGUGGCAGGGAGUUCCGUAGUUUUAACUUCUGCAUGUGUAGCAGGUUCUCUGCCGCUGACUCCUUACCGAAGUCUGCCGGCGGCUCAGAUUUGCUAAAGCUGGGAAAUUUGAGGGACGUAGCUGGCAUGCCUUUGCGAGAGAGCAUGCCUUUGCGAAAACCCAGAGCCGGCUGAAGCAGGAACAGGAGGAGAUGGAGAUGGGCUUUGGCAUGUCUGCGAGGUAGCCGAGGGGGAACGAGGCCUGCAGGGCCGCCAGCCAGUGCGGGAGCCAAGACUUGUGUGCUGGGUCCUGGGUCCUGGGACGUAAGCCUUGGCUUGCGUGCCACAGCUGUUCCUGGCAGCGGUGCCAAAGGAGAGAUGUACAUGGCUUGCACGCUUGGAAGCUGCAUCCCCGAGGCUUCCGGUUGGUGCCGGAAUCGAGGCUUGCUCUCCAGCCUCCUCUUUUGCAGCUGGGAAAACAAUGCGGCUUCGACAACCUCGCCGUGCGCAUAUCUGGGGUUAGAGGGAUGAUGCUCCCAAUUUCUGGGUCGUUUUAAGAAUUCAGCAGCAAGCCAGGGAUGGAGAGAAAUUCCACGUCUUUUUUGUUGUCGUUGUUGCUGCUGCCUUGGUGACCACCAGGUGACUGGGAUUUUUUAUUUUCUUUUUUUAAUCUCCGGCUGUAGAGUCCAAAGUGACAGCUUCUUUGCUUCUUGGAGCCUGCUCUUGGCUUCCUGAAAAAUAAUUGAGAAAAGUCAUGGGGGCCCUUGAAAGAUGAAUGGAUGUGUUGUGGCGCCGAGGGCUCUGUCAAAUUUGGGAAGCUUUUUCAGGGCCCCCAAACUCUCUGCUAGCCUGACUCUCCCUUCUCUGCAGGCUGGAAAUAAAGGGUCGCUCUGAUGUUAAAAGGAGGCUGAGCUUCUGAUCUUGGCCCCCGCAGAUAGAAGGCUGGAUGUGGCCCUUUGAUUGAGCUUCUCUUUAGAAGAGCCGGGAAUCUGUGCCCAGUCCAGGAGAAGUUAAGCAGGGCACCCUCGCCUGGCUCGGAGAGCGGGUAGAAAAGGCUCUUUGUCUGCCGGAAGAAUAGGCCAGAAUUUUCCCCUUACAUUCAGACCUUCCCACAAACAUUUCUGCUCCUGCUACGAGGCCGAGGGGGACCUGGCUGCUCCCUGGCGAAGCGCGCGGUCAGCAGGGACGGAUCGGUGCCAGGUUUUGCUUUGAUUUCCAGGAAGCCACCACCCCUUUCCCGUGGGCUGCCAGGUGCGGCUGCCGUCGUUUGGGGUCCAGCGAAGACUGAGGAGCUGGAGGGAUGAAGUGAGGCCUCGGUGGGUGCCCCUCCCCGGUGCCAUGGCGGAUGGGGCCUCGCUCCCCAUGGGGGACUGGCUGCGUGCCCUCCACCUGGAGCAGUACGCUGAGAACUUCGAGCGGAACGAGCUGUGGCGUGUGUCGGACUGCCAGCACCUGUCGGACGAGGCCCUGACCCGCCUGGGCAUCCUUCUCCCAGGGCACCGCCGGCGCAUCCUCUCUGGGCUCCUGAAGGCCUUCACGGAGGCGCUGCCUGCCAUGGAUGCCCCCAAACUGCCCCCCAGGAGGCCGGUCCCCAUGAAACGCAACAUCUUCCGCGCCGGCGCUGCGGCUGCUGCUUCCUCCACGAAGCAGGAGGCUGGGAGCGACUCGGCGACAGAAGCGUCGCCUCCUCGCCAGCAGCUGGAGACAGCACCCACCCCGCCGCCCAUCCCUCCCCGGACGAGCUGUCACCCGCCGGUGAAGUUUUCCUCUACUGCUACGUCUGAACUUCCCGCAGGCCCUUCUCUUUUGGAGUUUACGUCCCCGGCGAUGCCGCCGGCGAGGGGCAGGCUCAGCCCGGAUGCUGCGGCUGCGGAAGAGAUGGCGAACCCUCCCCUGCCCCCUCUGCCUGCCAAGCGCCACCAUCUGGAGGGGAAGCCCCCCACCCAAAAGGCCCCUCCGGUGCCCAGCCGCCCUCCCACGCUGCCCCCCAGAGGCCCAAGCCAGAAAGCAGCAGCCAGUCCUCCUGUGAAAGACCACCUGCAAGACCCCGAGCAGCCACCUGCCCUCUUUCCCCGCCUGAACAUCGCGGAGCAGACCGGCAUCCCUGAGCCACCUUUGAAGCCCCCCCUCCUCUUCCAUACGGACUUUGAUGAUUCUGAUUAUGAAGAUCCCCCGUUUGAGGAGGAAACAGAAGCUCUGGCAGAGGAAAUGACUGACAAGGAGGACGUGGCGGUGGAGUCGACACCGCAGAAACGUCGCUCUGCCCGGUUCAGCAGCCUGAUGAGCGAAGACGAGCUGAUUGAGGAUUAUUUCAAAGAGGAAUCCCCCACCAACAGCAACCACUGGAAUGACUGCGGGCUGAACUCGUACGCCGGCAGCGCUCUGUCCUUUGGCGCCUUGAGCCUCCACGCUGACGGGAUGAACAGGACAGACUCGCCCUCUCAGCUCUCGCCCGUCGUCAAGGCGGGCUGGCUGGAUAAGAACCCGCCGCAGGGGACCACACUGCUGACCCACAGAGCACCCCAGCUAACAGUCUUUUCCGGCUCCAGGUCCUAUAUCUACCAGAAGCGAUGGGUGAAAUUGGAUAGCGACAACCUCCGCUACUUUGACAGUGAGAAGGAUGUUUACUCCAAACGCCUCAUCCCCAUAUGCUGUAUUACCCGUGUGGCCAGUAUCGGGGACCAGAAAUUUGAGGUGAUCACCAACAACCGGACCUUUGCUUUCCGGGCGGAGAGUGAUGCGGAUCGCAACGAGUGGAUCAGGGCCCUUCAGAAGAUAGUGGACGAGAAGAAGUCGAGGUGUUUGGAAAGAGCGUCCGUCUUCCAGGUGCCCAGCGGCAGUUUUGACUCCAUGGACAAGAGCGGCCUCUUGGAGCUGCGGGGAUUUAAAAACAGGCUAUACGUUGUGGUGGCCGGGGAGAAAGUUUUCCUCUACAAGAACGCAGAGGACUUCCGCCUGGGCAUCGGGAUCACCUACAUCGAAAUGAAUGUGGGCAAUGUCAAGGAUGUGGACAGAAGGGGCUUUGACUUGACCACACCCUACCGGAUCUUCAGCUUCAUUGCAGAAUCCGACCAGGAGAAGGAGGAAUGGGUGGAGGCUAUGCAACAGUCCAUCGCCGAGGCGCUUUCCAACUUCGAGGUGGCUGAGAGGAUUUGGAAGGUGGAAGAAAACUGCUUCUGCGCUGACUGUGGCUCCCCAAAACCUGACUGGGGCUCCAUCAACCUCUGUGUGGUCAUCUGCAAGAGAUGCGCAGGAGAACAUCGCGGGCUUGGACCCAACGUCACCAAAGUACGGAGCCUCAAGAUGGACAAGAAAGUCUGGACGGAGGAGCUGAUUGAGCUUUUCCUGCAGAUCGGUAACGCAGUGGCCAACCAGUUCUGGGCGGCCAACGUCCCCCCCAGCGAGGCAGUCCACCCCAGGAGCGACAGCCAGGAAAGGCGCCGCUUCCUCGUGGCAAAGUACAGAGAAGGGAAAUACCGGCGCUACCACCCGCUCUUUGGCAACCAGGAAGAGCUCAACAAGGCUCUGUGCGCAGCCGUGACCACCAGUGACCUGGCGGAGACGCUCUCCCUCUUGUUCUGCGGUGCCGAAGUCAACUGCUACACGGGGGACCCCGACUACCCGUCGCCCAUCGCCUUAGCGGAGCAGGCCGGCCAGAGGUUGCAGGUGGAGUUUCUGCUGCACAACAAGACCUCCGAGACCCCUCAGCUGGACAUGGGCACCAACAUAGAGAAGCACUACUCCAUCUUCCUGCCUUCUGUCGCUCACAACGGCUUCCUCUUCAAGGCACCCUCCAUGGCCAAGCUGGUCCACGAACGGAAAUCCCGGGAAGAAUUCAGCCGCCGCUGGUGUCGCCUCCAUGAGGGCGUCUUCAGCUACUACGACAACAACACCAGCACUGUGCCCAAUGGGGAGAUCCGGAUGCAGGAGGUGGCCUGCCUGGUGAAUAACCCCCCGGAGGCCCACGGGUUCGCCAGCACUUUCGAGGUCUAUAUAGAAGCGGAGAGGCUCUACCUCUUUGGGCUGGACUGUCCCGAAGCCAUCCGGGAGUGGGUCAAGUGCAUUGGAAAGUCCUUCGUCCCCCCGGGUGCCGACGGCUUGCUUUCCCGCGACUUUGAGCGCCUCGGGCGGCUGCAGUACAAGGGCGGCCUGAACCUGGAGCGGGCCAAGGAGGGCUGGUUUGCGCUGGCGCAGGGCACCCUCUAUGCCUACCUGGAAGGCAGCGAGAAGGAGGAGGCCGUGCACCUGAGGAAGCUGCAAGAGCUGUCCAUCCAGGGAGACAAUGAAGUUCUCGUGCUGGUGGAGAGGAGAAGGACGCUCUACAUCCAAGGCGAGAGGAAACUGGACUUCCUGGGCUGGGUCAACGCCAUCCAAAAGGCGGCUGGAAGCUCUGGGGACACCUUGUCCGAACAACAGCUCACAGACACAGACGUCCCCCUCAUUGUGGACCGAUGCAUCGAUUACAUCACGCAGUGCGGGCUGACCUCGGAAGGGAUCUAUCGGAAGAGCGGACAGAACUCCAAGACGACAGGCCUCUUGGAGAUCCUCCGCAAAGACGCCCGCCGGGUCCGGCUCAAGGAAGGGGAGCACCAGGUGGACGACGUGGCCAACACCCUCAAGAGGUUCUUCCGGGACGUGGAAGACGGGCUCUUCACCAAAGAUUCCUCCCCGGCCUGGCUGAAGGCAACAGCCAUCGAAGACGACAAGGAGAAGGUCGGCCGCUAUCGGAAGCUCCUCAACAGCCUCCCUGCGGUCAACAGAGCCACGGUGAAAGCGCUGAUCAAUCACCUGUACAGGGUCCAGUGCUUCUCGGACAUGAACCAGAUGACCACACACAACCUGGCCAUUGUCUUUGGGCCGACACUCUUCCAGACGGACGGCAAGGACUACAAGGCGGGGCGCGUGGUGGAGGACCUCAUUCGGUGCUACGUGGACAUUUUCAGCGUGGACGAGGAGGAGAUGAGGAAGCAGCAGGAGGAGAUCACGGCCAUCAUGAAGAUGCGUGAGGCCGGUUCCUCUAGUGCAACUCAGCAAGCUGGAGACUUCAUCUGCACAGUGUACCUGGAGGAGAAGAAGACGGAAGCAGAGCAGCACAUCAAGAUCCCGGCCACCAUGACUGCGGAAGAACUGACCUUCGAAAUCUUGGACCGGCGGAAAAUCGUCAUGAAGGAGAAAGAGUUCUGGAGCUGCUUCGAAGUCAAUGAGCGGGAGGAGGCAGAACGGCCUCUGCACUACAGCGAGAAGGUCCUUCCCAUCCUGCACAGCCUGGGCAAGGACAGCUACCUGGUGGUGAAAAAGCAGCUCUCGAUGGAGAACAUGCUCCUCUAUCUAGCCAGCAAGGUGGGCGACAGCAAGCAUGGCAUGAUGAAGUUCCGGGAGGAGAAGAACGUGCUGGGCGUGGGGCUCAGCACCGGCUUCCACGACCGAUACUUCAUCCUCAACAGCAGCUGCCUGCGCCUCUACAAGGAAGUCCGGAGCCACAAACCAGAGAAAGAAUGGCCAGUGAAGAACCUGAAGAUCUACCUGGGAAUAAAGAAGAAAGUCCGUCCUCCGAGCUGCUGGGGGUUCACCGUCUUCUUUGAGAAUGAGAAGCUGGAGAAGCAGCAAUGGUAUCUCUGCUGUGACACGCAGAUGGAGUUGCGGGGCUGGUUUGCCACCUUCCUCUCUGUGCAGCACGGCGGGAACAUCUGGCCGCCGGAGUCCUCCAAGGUUCGGGCAUCCCGGACACAGCAGGAUUCCCGGCUGGGGAACAUCUCCCUGAUCCCUCUGCGAGGAAACGAGAACGAGAUGAGGAACAGCGUUGCGGCAUUCGCAGCCGACCCCCUGACGGAUGGUUGGCCAAAGUCCUAGGAGGUGAAGGAGCUGUCCAAAAACGAAGAGCCCUUGGCUGGUCCAGCGGGAAAGGAAGGGGGGGGGAUGCUCAGGAACAAAGCCUGCCCUCUGGGGGACUCCGCAUCUCCUUGCAAGGCUGAGCCAAGGACUCCCAAAGGGAAUGAGGGAGGUUUCUUCAAAGACAGCCCUGGAGACGCUGGGAAAUUGAUAAGCCGACUGGAGAAGGAGCACCGUGAACCCAAGACAACCCCCCGGGAGGAUGCUGCACCUCUGAUCAACAUGUGCCAAAUUCCCUACCGAACCAGCAUCGCUCCUGCCCCCUGUCCUUUCCUGGUGGCUUUCGCCACGGGCGCCACUCGCCCACUGCAUCUUUCUUCUUUUGGAUUGCGCAGGAACCGUGGGACGCCUCCCCUGGCCACGGAAGGACAGCAUGGAUUCUGAGCCCUCUCUGGAGGCGCUCCAGGGCUUUGCCAACCAACUUUUUUGUUCUCCUUGAGAAACGGGGGGCAGAGAGGAUUGUGACCAUUUUGGAUCCGGCCGAGGACUUCCUGGCAGAAUCCCUGGCAGUAUCACACAGGAAAAUCCUGCCGGAUCAGGCCAGUGACUCGUCUAGCCCUGCAUCCUGUUCUCGCAGGCGCCAAGCAGAUGCCUCGGGGGGGGGGGGGGACAGCAAGCAGGAUUUGAACACGAGAGCGCACUUGCUUUGUGGGGACUGGUAUUCAGAAGCAUCUCUGCUUCCUGCUCUCGCUCCGGAGAGCUGGCAGGAGAAAUGCUCUUGGCCGCCUUCCUCUGCCCUCUCUCCACGUGGCUUUUUGCCAACCCCUUUGCCUUGACCUGGCGGGUCGACCUGUUGCGGUCGCGGGUGCUGAGAACUUCUGUCCAUCUCCCUCGACAAGACUGGGUGCUCGUUUUUGGUACCCGGGUGGAUGGAGGAGGGAUAAAGGAGCAUCGCCAGAGCCACCGAGCAGCAGCGCUGGGUGCAAAGAGGUGCUUCUCGCCCACCUCUGUUUGGACAGGGAGGAGGCCAGCGAGGCUUAAUGCCUGGGAAAAUCCCCCUGCCUUCUUCGUCUGAUGCUGGGAAACUGGGGGGAAAGCAGGCAGGCAGAAUCUUUCCUUAAGAGCAACACCUCUUCUUGUCGUCGUCUUUUUUUGUAAUGUUAAUAAAUACCAUUGGAGAAUCCUG